UUUUUUUUUUUGUAAUUUUAAAAAGGCUUUAUAGAUAUUCGUUUUCGUAAGCUUUCAAAAAUUUAUAGAAAUGCAAAUCUGUAAGUCAAUGAAGCAAAUCCGUGAACUUCUUAAGGCUUACUAAAAUGUAAAUCCUUGUGCUAAACUCCUAAUCCAAAAAUACGUUUUUGUAAUGUUCAAAAAUUUUGGGCUAAAAUCGUGAACGCCAUAACUUACCUCGAUAUUCUUCAUCCCCACCAAUAUUUGUAUCAUUUGAGUAUCCAUUUUCUAAAUGCAUAAGAUAGUAAGAAUAGUUUUAAUCUAGAUUUAAGGUUUGCGAGACGGAACGAUGCGAAGGAAAAAGAGAAGUAAAUGGGAGUACGAGGGGUUCAAUGGUAUUUUGCUAAAGCUUAUUUAAUGUAAGAUUAUUUUGAUAAUAAAAAUUUUGAGUUGUAGAAAGGAAUUUUAGGGAUUCAAAUAAAGCUCCCAUUUACAAAACUAGUGUUUCAAGAUAAAAAAUGGAAUUUACAGAACACAACUUGUCCCAAUUGUUCCUAUUUUCAUGUCACUUUCAAAACAAUUGAGGAAGAAUUGAAAAGAACGAAGAACUAAUAAAGAAAAGAAGAAGAAAAAAACUAGUACCCCACCCGCACAGGAAGCGCGUCGUUAGAAUUGCGGAUGACAUGAGUUUCUCACACGCUGAACAACCCAGUGGCGCCAAUCAACCAACCAACAUUGUAGACUUUCUUAUUGAGACUUGGCCACGCCUUGUCCACACAACGCACAUCUAACACAAUCUUAAACUGGUGAAGAACAUUAAAAAAACCAAACCAGAAUUUAGAAACAUAAAGAGGAAUAAUGUCUAUGGCAACCUCAAUCCCAUGUCUCAAAAUCCCAAACCCUUCAUCUUCCUUAUCAUCAUCUUCCUCGACUAGUUAUAGAUUGCCUGGAGCAGCCAAGCCUUAUAUUGUCACCAUAAGGAGUUCUCAAACUGAAGGUCCUUUGAGAAGACCUGUGGCUCCUUCCCCACCACCUCCUUUGAAACCAGUUCCUCCUUCUCCAUCAUCUCAACCCACACCUCCUUCUUCUCCUUCGCCUCCGCCUCUACCUCCGCCGCCUGCAAAGGCGGCUUCUGUGGCAGCUGUUGGAGACCAGAAUGUGAUCACUUUGGAGUUUCAGAGGCAGAGGGCAAAGGAGCUGCAAGAAUACUUUAAGCAGAAGAAGCUUGAGGAAUCAAAUCAAGGGCCUUUCUUUGGGUUCCUUGGGAAGAAUGAGAUUGCUAAUGGAAGAUGGGCAAUGUUUGGUUUUGCUGUUGGGCUGCUAACAGAGUAUGCAACAGGCUCAAACUUUGUUGAUCAAGUAAAGAUCAUGCUCUCCAAUUUCGGGAUAAUAGAUUUGGAAUGACUCUUUUCCUUGAACCUCAAUGCUAUUCAUACUUCUGUAUUUCUGUAGCUAUGUCCAAUGUUUUGUUUGCAACUUCUCUAGCAAGUUGUUUACUAUUCUUGUUUCUUGAUCAAUCAAUUGUAACAGGCUGUAUCCGAACAGUUUGCUUGGUUUUCAAGUAUACAAGUUCUUCAUUUUGAUCUUUAUAAAUACCAGGAGUUUUUUAGCAGAUAUGAGCCAACAUGCAUUGCUUGCUUGCAGUUUUAUUGGUAAGUGUGACUCAGACGAGUGACGGUCUCUCAUAAAGAGCAACAAAGCAUGGGUGCGACAAUCAUCAGUAGACAGACCAAGAAUAGCAAUAUCAUACAACAAGUUGACAAUAUUUAAGUUGUUAGUUUUCUCCUUGUUAGAAUUAGAUUAAAUUCUAUAGAGAAAAAAUUGCAUCAGAUGGCUAGCUGUGUCAACAUCUAAGUCGAGCAGUACAACACUACAGCUGCAACAGUUUAUCAUCCUUGACAUUCAUUUCCGUAUGGCAUAUGCAAGGGUAACCAAAAACAGCACAGAAAUGAUGCACGGUGCCUUUUUCUGAUAAAACAUCCUUGCUUCAAGUCCAUCCAGUCAAGCCUCGAUCCUUGCUAUUCGUGCCUCUAACAGUGCGGUUCUGGUUUCCCAAGAAUGCCACCCGGCUGCUAUAGUGUUUGUGCCAUUUCUGGUGCUUCGUGCAUGAUCUGCAGUUGAAGGUUCCCAUGGUUGAUAAUGAUACAUCUUUAACUAAUUGAGCUUGCUGCAUAAACAUGCAAAACUUUACACCCUAGUAAAACUAUUUCAAAGUUCACCGAAUUUCUUGGAAGGCUCAAUAUUCCAUAGUUUAGGUUGCAGAACAUAGGAAGAUUAUAAGGUGAACAUCUAGGUUAAAUCCUUAUCUAUCAAUAUCUGCCAAAAAAGCUAGCCCCUGGUUUUACGUUACAGAUCACUCAGACCCCUCUUUGCAUUCCCUUAAUAAAUUCACGAAUGCAAAUUCAGACAUAAAUCCUUCCAAUAUCUGUCAAAAGAUCAGAUUUACCUCUUAAGUCUUUAAAGUUAAUCCUAUUGAGAUACCUUAUUUCAGAAAAGAGGUAAGGAUAAUAAACAUGAUAGCAUUAUGAAACACUUGACUCAUGUUAUCUAUAUGACAUAUAUACAACUAAGCAAUCGCAACCAUAUUUUGCCACCAGUUAUUUUUCAAUUUCAUCUUUUAGUUAUUUCAAAUAACAAUUUAAGUCAACUUCUUUUGGUAACUUCUUGUGUUAUUGUGAACUUGCUAUAACUUAAUCAAUCACAUCUCAAGCUAGGCAUCACAUGCAUCACGUUCGUUGCAAACUAGUUUUAACAAAGGACUGAAGUAACAGAAAGAACUUCCCUAUGCUGGCAUAUAAUUUGCAAAAGAUAAUCUAGAAUAACAUGCGGGGUUAUGACAAUGGUAUUUGUUGCUGAUAACGGCUUCUUCAACUUGUUCCCAGCUAUGCAUUAACUGUUAUAAGCUGACAUUCGAGUUCUGGCAUCUGGAUCUAAUGGAGUACAAGGAAGAUAACCGCAACAUAUUUUUG